AUGUCCAACAGCUGCUCCAUCAGGCCCUUCCUCCUGCUGGCAUUGGCAGACACGCGGCAGCUGCAGCUCCUGCACUUCUGCCUCUUGCUGGGCAUCUCCCUGGCUGCCCUCCUGGGCAAUGGCCUAAUCAUCAGUGCCGUAGCCUGCGGCCACCACCUGCACACGCCUAUGUUCUUCUUCCUGCUCAACCUGGCCCUCAGCGACCUGGGCUCCAUCUGCACCACUGUCCCCAAAGCCAUGCACAAUUCCCUCUGGGACACCAGGAACACCUCCUACACUGGAUGUGCUGCACAGCUCUUUUUCUUUGCUUUUUUUAUUUCUGCAGAGCUUUCUCUCUUGACCAUCAUGUGCUACGACCGCUACGUGUCCAUCUGCAAACCCCUGCACUAUGGGACCCUCCUGGGCAUCAGAGCUUGUGCCCACAUGGCAGCAGCUGCCUGGGCCAGUGCCUUUCUCUAUUCACUGCUGCACACGGGCAAUACAUUUUCCUUGCCCCUGUGCCAUGACAAUGUCCUGGGCCAGUUCUUCUGUGAAAUCCCACUGAUCCUCAAGCUCUCCUGCUCAGACACAUACCUGAGGGAAUUUGGGCUUCUUGCUUUUAGUGCUUUCCUUUUUUUGGGUUGUUUUGUGUUGAUUGUUUUCUCCUAUGUGCAGAUCUUCAGCGCUGUGCUGAGGAUCCCCUCUGAGCAGGAACGGCAAAAAGCCUUUUCCACCUGCCUCCCUCACCUGGCUGUGGUCUCCUUGUACAUCAGCACUGGCUCAUUUGCUCACCUUAAGCCCCUCUCCAUGUCCUCCCCAUCCCUGGAUCUGGCCCUGUCAGUUCUGUACUCGGUGGUGCCUCCAGCCCUGAACCCCCUCAUCUACAGCCUGAGGAACCAGGAGCUCAAAGAUGCCCUGAGGAAAAUGAUGACACUAUCUUUUCAGAAACAAUAA